GGCACCAAGGGCAACCUGACGGAGGCCGAGGGGCCGCUGGCCGCCAGCCUGGCCCUCACAGCGGUCAGCGCCCUCCUGGCCGUCCACUUCCUGCUCCGGCAGACGCUGGUGCUGUGGGCGGACUCGGCCCUCGGGGCCGCGCGCCUGGCGCUGCACGGCCUGGAGGCCGUCCUGCAGCUGGUGGUCAUCGCCGCCUUGGUGAGGUAGCCGCCGCCGAGGAGCCCCUGCCCCCAGGCCUCUGCCUCCGUCCAGGACCUGCUGCUCACGGGGAGCGUCUGCCCAGGACUGAGGGCGGCACCCCUGACCCUCGGGCCGAGGGAGGACAGAGCCCCGUGGCCGCUCAGAGAGGCUGCUUCCUGCCGGCUUCGCCCCCGGGAGGCCCGUGGUUCCUCGCUGGUUUCCGGUGCCUUCAUAGUCGCCAGGGUCCCUGCUGGACAGCACAGCCCAGGGCAGGGGCUUUGGGGGGCCUGGGCCAGGCCGCGUCCGGCUUCCUAAAGAAACAGGUGUGGAGGAAGUGGGCGGCUCUCGGGCCUGGGCCCCCAGCUGCAGCUUCUCCCCAGCCCCGAGGAAGGCGUCCGAGCUGACCCCUCCCCAGCCCCGAGGAAGGCGUCCGAGCUGACCCCUCCCCAGCCCCGAGGAAGGCGUCCGAGCUGACCCUCCCCAGCCCCGAGGAAGGCGCCCGAGCUGACCCCUCCCCAGCCCCGAGGAAGGCGCCCGAGCUGACCCCUCCCCAGCCCCGAGGAAGCCAUCCGAGCUGACCCUCUCCAGCCCCGAGCUGACCCCUCCCCAGCCCCGAGGAAGGCGUCCGAGCUGACCCCUCCCCAGCCCCGAGGAAGGCGUCCGAGCUGACCCUCUCCAGCCCCGAGGAAGGCGCCCGAGCUGACCCCUCCCCAGCCCCGAGGAAGGCAUCCGAGCUGACCCUCUCCAGCCCCAAGGAAGGCGCCCGAGCUGACCCCUCCCCAGCCCCGAGGAAGGCGCCCGAGCUGACCCCUCCCCAGCCCCGAGGAAGGCGUCCGAGCUGACCCCUCCCCACGCCUCUUGUUCGGACCAGAGCUUGUUCUGUGCACUUUUUAAAUAAACGUUGGAGCCCCUGGA